CUUACGUUGUAGAUUUAUCUCAACAGUUGUUUCACAAUACGUUUCUUAUAUCGAAUACAUCGCCAACCAUUAGUCUGAUCACUCUUGAUUGAUUAUAUCUGUGGCUAUAGUGACUUAGUGCGACACAUCAACACAAGAAUGGAUAUCAACAGGUGGAGUCUUCAAUGUAUGACUGCUCUUGUAACCGGUGGAACCAAGGGAAUUGGGUAUGCAAUAGUGGAGGAACUUGCAAGUUUUGGUGCAAGAGUGCACACGUGUGAUAUAGACCAAACUUCGCUUGAUGAAUGCUUAAGUGAAUGGCAAAGAAAAGGGUUUCAAGUCAGUGGUUCAAUUUGUGAUGUUACCUCUCGACCUCAAAGAGAUCAGCUGAUGCAGACUGUUUCUUCUCUAUUUGGUUCCAAACUCAACAUCCUUGUUAACAAUGUUGGCAAGUUCAUGUUAAAGCCAACUUUAGAAAGUACAGCAGAAGAUUUCUCAAGUUUGAUGUCUACCAAUUUGGAAUCUGCUUACCAUAUCUCCCAAUUGGCUCAUCCUUUGCUUAAAGUCUCGGGGAAUGGUAUUAUCAUAUUCAUUUCCUCUGUAUCAGGGAUUGUCUCUGGAACUGCCUCCGUAUAUGGUGCAACAAAAGGAGCCAUGAAUCAACUGGGAAGAAACUUGGCAUGUGAAUGGGCAAGUGAUGGUAUAAGGGUUAACUCUGUUGCUCCUUGGGUCACUGCAACUUCACUUGUCAAAAAAUAUCUUGAUGACAAGAAGUUCGCCGAGGCUAUGUUCUCAAGAACCCCAUUAGGCCGUGCGUGUGAGCCACGUGAGGUUGCGUCUUUGGUUACAUUUCUUUGUCUACCUGCAGCUUCUUAUAUAACAGGACAAACCAUUUGUGUUGAUGGAGGUUUCACUGUUAAUGGCUUUUCCUACAAGCCAGAGGUUUAAACCCUAGAAAACAUUUCUAGAACAACAUUGUUGUGAUGUAUGAAAAAUACGUUAUGUUUAGUUUUCUUAUAAACUCGAUUACUGCAUCAUGUCCAAGUAAAAUGAAGCUUUUGAAGCAGAGAUCUUGGAAUC